AUGGGAGUGGAGCAGGUUCAACAAGAGAAUGUCAUCAGGAAUUUGGAGGAAACAGUGAAGCAGCAUGAGAUGGAGAUCAAAAGAUUCCAGGAGAGAGAAGAAAGGCUGAAACAAAAGCUGGAGAAAAUCAGAGAGAAAAUAGCCAGGAAAGAGCGGAAGACUCUGAAAAUUGUUCAGAGAGAUGAAAAUCUGAAGAGAGAGCUGCAGGCCAUGAAGGAGAGGCUGGCCCAAAAGGAAAACCAGAGAGAGGAAGAAAAGAAGGUCACCAGCCAGAAAACAGUGGAAAGGAUAUUCACUGUGAGUGUACAAGAAAUAAUGAAGAUGGACAGAGAAACGGAAAACCAGCAAGAGGAAGACCAACAGAGAGAGAGGAGAGAGAGACAGAGAGCAAGAGAGGAAAUCCAGCAGGAAAGUGCUGGAGCCCUCCUCAAUCUGAGCGAAGAGCAGCCUGAACCAUCCACUCCCUCCUCAUCUGACCGCAGCACACAUGUAGAGGACAGUGUGAGGGAUGAGAGCAGCGCUGUCCCUCAGGACGCCGGCCCACAGCCUCUGGCUUCCACUGAGUCCAAAACAGAAGAUCUGGCUUCAGAGACCGAGACUCAGGUCCAGACCGAUGGAUCCACGAGUGGACAGACAGCCGAGGAGAAAACAGAGUGGAGCGGCCAUGACGGUGGGGGAGCAGUGUGCAUCGAGGUGGAGAACCAGGAGAUGGAGCCUGCAGCACGGAGCUCAUCUGGAAGCAGGAUGUUGCAGAGUGUGCUGUCCACAGUUCGCUCUUUCGUUCAGCGCCUGAGAUUGUAUUACCCGGCUCAGCGCGUUCAAGCUGAGGAAGAGGACAAGUGUGAGGAAGUUUCUCCACCACGUCGAUUGAUUCCACUCGGAGCGCCGGCAGGGGUCCUGACUGUAAAACUGAAGACCUGCAGAAACUUCAGUAAAGCUGCAGCUCCUUUGAAGAAAGGCGCUUGGGCUGCCGUGAGGAUCACUAUUGGGAGAACGGUGAAAUACACUGUGCAGCAGCCCUACAGCGACCCCAUGUGCUUUGAUGAAUGGAAACACUUCACUAUACAGAUCCAGCAGGAAGACGUUGUUGGGGUUCAGCAGUCGAGUUUGAUGGUGGUGGAACUGAUUAUUACAGAUCCUGACACAGCCACCCCUAAACUCAUGGGGAGAGACACCAUCAAGCUGCAGGAAAUCCUUAAGAAAUCUUCAGUGAGCCACCAGUUUAAUUUGAGGCUCAGGCAACAGAAAGUUUGCAAGCUGGACGCAGAUCUGGCGUUCACGUACGGCUCAAUGGGAUAUGGAUACUCUCACCAGAUCAAACAUGCAGGAAGAACGGUGGAGAAUCUGGUGGAGAAAUCUCUCUUUCCCCGCUGUCCUCCUAAUGAAGAUCAAAGAGAUCCAAAAUAUAAUGUGAUAACCCCCUCCGCACUGCCACGACUGGACAUCAUUCCCUCUCUGAUGCAGCAAGACACACCGACAGGCACAGACGAGUGCAGGAUAUCUGCUGGCCUGAUGGACUGCAUCCAGAAGAGGGGCAGGUGGUUGCAGCUACAUCAAGGCUUGGAGGAGUGUAAGGCAGGAGAGGAUAGGGUGCGGUUUCUGGAGAGCCUGAUCCUGAGGACGAGUCUUCCCUGCAGGAAGAGUAACAUUGUGUGUGACAGGACCUGCCUAAGCGCCGAAAAACAGAAGAGAAACGAGGAGGACGCGGACGAUAGAACAUCAGAGGAAAGACCAGGAAAGGCUAAAUGCAAGUCAAGGAAGUAG